AUGCAAGCGCCUCGUGAAGAUCAUUGGCACGCUGCAUUACGCGUUGUCCGCUAUAUCAAAGGUACUCCUGGUCAAGGAAUCUUAUUGAGUGCUGACCAUGAUUUCCAAAUCAAUGGUUGGUGCGACUCUGGCUAUUCAAGUUGUCCAAUCACUCGUCGUUCAGUCACAGGUUAUUUCGUUCAACUCGGAGAGUCUCCCAUUUCAUGGAAAACGAAGAAACAAUCCACAGUCAGCAAAUCUUCAGCGGAGGCUGAAUAUAGGGCCAUGGCAUAUCUCAGAGAUGAGUUACUUUGGAUUAAAAACGUUCUCCAAUCUCUUGGUGUCUCACAUGCUCAACCCAUGCGCAUUCAUUGUGAUAGCAAGGCUGCGAUUCACAUAAGUUCCAACCCGGUGUUUCACGAGCGUACGAAGCACAUCGAAAAUGACUGUCAUGCCGUUCGUGAUGAGAUUCAGAGUGGCAACAUGUCGACUCAUCAUGUUCCAUCUGCACAUCAACUGGCGGAUAUCUUUACCAAACCACUUGGUCGACGUGCGUAUGAGUCAUUUCGGGGCAAGUUGGGCAUCCUCGACCUGCAUGCUCCAACUUGA